GUUGUCAGUCCUGGCAACCCCGUAAAGCGACUGUUGUUGAUGAUCACUACAUGUACUCUACUACUUUCUCUAUCAUCAGACGUCUGCACUGUUGUAGUUUGUAAUUGCAGCAGCCUUUAUUUUCAGACGGAGUUGUUACUGCACAGAGCAACUGUUCUGAGGCAGCUUUGAUAUGGAUUUCACCGGCCUUAACAGGGCACAGCUCAGCUUUGAUUAUCUGCACACAAAUUCAACAACUCAUGAGUUCUUGUUUGGGGCAUUGGCUGAGCUGUUGGAUAAUGCAAGAGAUGCAAGUGCUACAAAGAUGAAUAUAUUCACCAUUUCUGACAACUCCCUGCGUGGUGGUUAUAUCCUCUGUUUUCUGGAUGAUGGCGAAGGAAUGGAUCCAGCCGAGACAGCCAGUAUCGUGACGUUUGGAAAAUCAACAAAGAAGUCGGAUGAUCUACAUCAAAUUGGCAUGUACGGAAAUGGACUGAAAUCAGGUUCCAUGCGUAUCGGCAAUGACCUGAUGCUGUUCACCAAGAGAGGCGACGCAAAGUCUUGUCUGUUCCUGUCGAGGACCUUCCACGAGGAAGAAAAUAUAGACGAGGUCAUCGUACCAAUUCCGUCGUUUGACAUUGGGUCUCGGAAACCCCUUGCUACUGAUGCAAAAGGGAAAGCAAAGAACGAUGUAGAGAUGGAAAUUAUACUGAAAUACUCACCCUUCAAAACCUUGGACCACUUCUUCGAGCAAUUUGACCGCAUCGAGGGACAGUCUGGCACCCUGGUCAUGGUGUACAACUUGAAGCUUUUGGACUCUGGCGACACGGAGCUGGAUGUGACCUCCGACCGCAGCGACAUUCUGCUGGCCAAUCCCAGCAGCCACGACUUCGAUUCCGAUGAAGGGCUGAUGCCGGAGAGGAAGUCGUUCCGAGCAUACGCGGCCAUCCUGUACAUGGACCCGCGCAUGCGCGUCUAUAUCCAGAACAAAAAGGUGCGCACCAAACGGCUGGCCUGCACACUGUACAAGUCCAAGAUGUACAAGUACUCGUCCAAUCGCUUCAAGACGCGGGCGGAGAACGAGGCCAAGCGAGCCAUUGACGAGGCUUUGGCCGCGGAGAAUAAAGCCAGAGAGGCUGAAAGUAAAGCCAAGAACCUUGAGAUCAAGACCGGGUCCUCCACCCAGAAGGAACACAGGGCAACGCUAAGAAAAGCUCAAAACUAUGCAGCAGAAUGUCGCGGAAACGCUCAGAUCAAACGACAGAUGGCAGAGAGAAAGACAAAGUCUCUCAAGGAUCCGAAGACUUUGAACUUGAUAUUUGGGUUAAACAUUGAAAAUCGCAACCACAGCGGCGUCUUUGUGUACAACUGCAGCAGACUGAUCAAAAUGUACGAGAAAGUGGGCCCGCAGAAUGAAGGAGGAGUGUGCUGCAGUGGUGUUGUAGGUAUAGUAGACGUCCCCUACCUGGUUCUAGAGCCCACGCACAACAAGCAAGACUUCGCCGACGCCAAGGAAUAUCGGCACCUGAUGAGAGCCAUGGGAGAACACAUGAUCCAGUACUGGAAGGACGUGGGCAUUGCCCAGCAGGGUAUCACAAAAUUUUGGGAAAACUUUGGCUACAUCAGCUCCGAGUGGAAGGACCGGCCAUCUGAUGACGUAAAGUAUGCGAGGAAAAGAGCUAUGCAGCUGAGUGUGACCCUACAAUGUGAUGUGUGCCUGAAGUGGAGAAUGAUCCCGUUCAACUCCAACAACAUCGGCAAAGAAUUCCCCGACCACUGGGUGUGCACCAUGAACCCAGACCAGCAGCACAACAAAUGUUCAUCGACAGAACAAAAACUGAACAUUCCAGAAGGUGUCCUCAAGAAAGAGAUAAAGUCUCAGGAACAGAAGAAGAGAGAUCUAGAGGAAGAAAUUCUUAGGAAAACAGAGAUGUUAGAAAAACUUCAGAAAAUGAAAGUUGUGCAGAGCUCCAAAGAUCUUUCUGCACUGUCGAGAAAAGAGGAAAGGCCAGAGGGCAGGGCCAGUUUGGGUCGGAAAGCCAAGGCCAGAUCUCCCUCCCCAGCCCCCCGCUCCCCGUCGCCUGAGCCCCCACCCCCCAAGUCAUCCCGGUCGUCCGGCUCUCAAGGCAACAACAACAACAGCAGCAGCUCCUCAGGCUCUUCUUCGUCCAAAGCCGUCUCAGCCAAGCGCAGUCGUCGCAGCCCCACCCCUCCUCCCCCUCCCACGCGGCCCGCCAGCCGCCCCCCCGCCUCCUCCAAGCCCGCCAAAGUGGCGGCCAAGAGCUCCUCUCAGGUCACGGUCAAGUCCAAGCGGAAGAGCCCCAGCCCCCCUCCUCCUAGAAGAGCCCCGCCAGCAAAAUCAAAAUCAAAGAAGAAACCACCUGUAUCUUCAGAGGAAGAAGAAGAAGAGGAGGAGGAGGAGGAGGAGGAGGAGGAAGAAGAAGAAGAGGAGGAGGAAGAGGAGGAGGAGGCCCCCAAAUCAAGGCGUGGAAGAAGUCAGAACAGUUCUCAGCAUGUGGAGACUAGUAAAGAAGCAAAGCGAAGCCGCACGAAAGAGCAAGUUAUCGAGUACCCGGAGAUCCCCGUCAAGAAGCAGAGGGUCUCCCACUUCAACACGCCGGCCUCCGACAGCGGCGCAGAGAAGAAAAAAGCAGCGGCCGCCGUCCCCACCAACACUGAGGUUGUGGUCAGCGACAGUGGGGACGAGGGCAAGGCCUCCUCGCGCUCCUCCUCCAGCAGGAUGCGCGGGAAGGGAGGGAAUCUCAGAUCGGAGGCUUCAGCCGAUGAGAACGAAGCACAGCCCACGGAGACAGAGGACUCCAAGCCAGUGAAGAGAGAAGAUGUUCUGGGCUGCAGAGUGGAAGUUCUGAUCAACAAUAAAUGGUNCUCGGCGUCCAUCGUGGAGGUCAAGGCCGCAGAGGGCAAAUGGAAGGUCAAGUUUGACCACCACCCGAAGGACAAGUAUGACCGGUG